GCUCUCUCCCUCUCUAUAUAUAAGCAACCCCCUGAAUCGCGAGCUGCAUCUCUUCUCUUCUCCCCGUCCAUCUCUUGUUCGAAUUAGAAGAAAGCUACUAGUAUUAACAGUGUAAUUAGCGACGGGCUUAACCAGCGGUGCAUGAGCCGAAUGGGCAGCAACGGCGGCGGCAAGCUGGCAAGCUGGCUGUGGCGCGCGCCGCGGCGGGCUCUGGGCCGCGCGCGCGACCUCUACGUGCGGAGCCUCACCAGCUGCGCGGGCCAAUUCCCGUCCGACGCCUCCUUCGGCUACCCGUCCUUCGCCGCCGCCCCUGCGCCGUGCAGCAGGGCCGCCGGCUACCACAGCUUCUCCGCCUCCGCCUCCCCCUCAUCCUCCUCGCGGUCCUACGACGGCGACGGCGACCUGCGGGAGCUCAUGCGCGCCGCGUCGGAGAGGCGGGCGGCCCCAGAGCGGCCGCCGGCGGUGCCCAGGAGCCGGAGCGUGGCCAUGGCGAAGAUCGACGAGGACGGGCCGUGCGACUUUGGUCUCGCCGGCGCCGGCGUGCCGUUUGCCAGGAGCCGGAGCUGCGCCGUCUCCGCCGGCCGGGCCAGUGGGCAGAGGGGGAGGGCCGCGCAUGUGCCUGUGGCUUGAUCGAUUGUUGCACUGGGAAGCUUGCCUCGUGUCCAGCCUUCCUCUAUUUUCCCCCCUUCGACUUCGAGUGUGCAGAAAUCUGCAGUCGGUGCUGUAAAUAGUUAAUCCUUCUCGCACCAUUCUGUUCUGUAUGGAAAUUAUUCUGGCGCAUUCGCUUGUUGUAAUCUCUUCCGCGCA